UUUUGGUGGGAAAAGAAACAAGCGCGAUCGUAUCACUGAUAUAUAUAUUCUAUGGAUACGAGAUUCCGUGAAGCGAAUUGAUCACAGCCAUAAUGGCUUUGGCAUGAAGCGCCACUGUUGUUCGCCUAGUGUACUUCAUUCCUCUCUAUUACUGAUACCAGUGUCCUCUAUAUUCAUUUUCCCUCGCACCACUGUCUAUGUAUACCAAUCCGAUAUAAGUAUACGCACACAAAAUCAAACGCAACAAUACCUUACUAUGUAGAACAAAGUUAGAGAUUAUCGAAGACACGUAAAUAUUUUACAAGCAACAAACUUUUGACAUUGUAAAUAAUUUUAUGUUAAUAAAAAAGUAGAUAAGUAGUUAUAAUAUCGAUAAUGGCAGUUAAAGUAUUGGUAUAGAACUUCGUUUAAAGAUAUUUUUUAGGAGUUUCAUGUUUUGACGAAAUUAAGGUAAGAUUUAAUAAUAAAUUAUAUCGUAAAAUAUAAUCGGCGACGUAACUUAUUUCCAAUUUAAAAAUCAAAACUUUGAUGGCUUUUUCACAAUCAAAUUCGAGAGAAUUACAGAAUAGAAAAAUCUUAGAAGAAUUGCAAUUAAAGAAACAAUUGCUUUUAAAGCAAGGUGUAGCACCAACAUUGAAUACAUCAUUAGCUGUUACAUCAACAGGUCCUUCUAAUUUGCCUCCUACACAGACCUCUGAUGGUGUUGUAAUGAAUGCAUCCCAAAGAGCUGCUUUACAUAAUGCGCAUGCAGCAUCAUCAGGUUACUUUGUAACACAGGAUUCUUCCUUUGGCAAUCUUAUUUUACCAGUUCUUCCAAGAUUUGAUGCUAAAUAGAAAAAUUAAGUUGCAGUUUCAAAUAAUAAGUAAUAAAUAAUUCUACAGACUUUGAACAAGUGUGAUAAAGUGAUUUUUAAUAUGAACUAAGUACCUCCUUCUAAGGGUACCUCUUAAAAGUAAUAGAACUAAAAGUGUAACACUGGGUGACAAUUGAUGAUUAAACACAGAAAAUGGCUAGCAUUACACUUCGCAAUUUAGAGACAUGGUUACAAGAGUUAGACAGAUUUGAAAAGCCUAAAAUAUU